CAACACGUUUUGCCGGAGAAGUUGUCAAUGCAACGACUGUUCUAUCCGAAUAAACACGUAAUCUCAUAAUUGCAGUCAAAUAUUUGAGUUCUUUUUUUCGGUUAAAAAUUUACUUUUUGAUUCAAUUUGUUUCUGAACAAAUUGUAGUUUGAUAUAUACCCAAAAAAGUGAGAAAAAAUGAAGAUUUUUAUUGUGACUUGUUUGUUAAUUAGUGCGGUGUUCGCUGCUGACGAAUCAUCUAGUUUCCAAGAUUGCUUGGAAAAGGAUUCCAUUUCGUGUAUUCAAGUUGCGGUUUACCGAAAGGCUAAAUCGUUCUUCGAUCAACCCAAAAUCGACAUCUUCGGAGGACUUUCACUCGCCAAAUCUGAACGCGCCGGCAAGAGCUUGGAAGAACCAACCGUUGAUAUCGAAAGUGCCAAUACCGUUGAAACUCGUGAAAAUGCUUUGGAAAGCUACGUUGUCAACCGUGCCAAGAACUUCUUCCAGGAACGUUCGUUGAGCUGGGACUUUGCCAACACAGCCAGAACCUUGGCCAACGCCAUUCCCGAUGACAUCAAAGAAUCCGUUCGAUCCCUCGUUGUCGAAGAACGUGGAAAGAAGAAGAAGAUCUUGAAAAAAUUGUUGCCUUUGUUGGGAAUCUUCAAAAUUAAGUUCGCCAUCCUUGGAGUAUUCGCCCUAUUCGCCAUCGGAAUUAUCGCCAAGAAGGCUUUGAUCUUGUCCAUCAUCUCAAUCGCUUUGUCUGGAGCAUCUGCCAUCCGAGGAAUCUUCUCCAAAUUCAGUGGUGGACUCGGUGGAUUAGGAGGCGGUAGCAGCGGUGGUGGACACGGUGGAAGUGGUGGAUACUCUGGCGGCCAUGGAGGACACGAAGAAAUCAUUGCCUACACAAAUGGAGGUAGCGGUGGUGGUGGUGGAUGGUCUUCGGGCGGUGGAAGCACUGGCGGAUGGAGCAGCGGUGGAUACGAUUCAUACGGUGAACAUGGAUCGCACAGUUCACCAGUAGCUCAAUCAAUUGCUUAUUCCGGGCAUCACAAAGUUGCUCGACGAUAGACGGCAGCCAAAAAGUUAAUUAGAAUUAUUAUUUAAAAAAUGAACGCGAAAAGCGAACGAGAAAAAAAAUAUCAAGAUGAAAAUCGAUAAUUUAUUAUUAUUUAUUAAUUUAUUUAUUUCAAAAAUGAGAGAGUAGUUCACAAUUAUAAUUCGAAUACAAAUUAAUUGCCAAUGUUCAAAAUAGUUUACUCUUCAAAAGACUUAAUUCAACCGGGCUUUAUAAGCUAGUCUCAAUAGUAGAAUUUUACAAUACAAAGUGCUUACUACAGUAAUGUUUACCGAUUUAUUAGCUUUACAUUAUUUACUUUCUAGUCUAUUCUUAAUUCUUAUAUAUAUAUGCUCUAGUAUAUGUGUUCUUUGCGUCUUCAUACUUCAUUUUUCUGUUGUUUGUAUAUAUUAAUUAGAUCUCCUGUAUAAUUUCUAAGCCUACAAUUCUACGAUUCUUUUUUUUAUUUUAUUUUAUUUUUUUGUUUUUUAGUUUUCUUAAUACUUUGACUGUUACUCUUCCUACCUGUAUAACUGUGUAUCAUUACUUCAAAACCAAAUCUUGCCUAUUUUUUAAAAAAAUAUGUAAACGGUGAGAAAAUCGAUAAAUAGCUCAAAACGAAAAGAUACCGAAUCAUGUAAUCAAAUCAAUAAUUUUAUGUAAUAAACCGAAACCGAUUAAUUAAAUAUUUUAAGUGAUCAAUGAA